UAGAGUAGGUAAGUUUGGAAGUGGGAGGGUGAGCAGCUCUCUUCCAACUGUAUUUUGGUCAGGCACAAGUAGGUGGACGAGGGGAGGAUCCGUGAGGUCUGCCGCUGGCUUGGGAAAAGAAAGAGGAGAAGUUGUGUCAAGUUUUAGUGGCACGGAGGUGGAAACUCUCCGCGUGAGGACCAACGGUCGGUUAGCUACAGCAGCUCGAACCGAAGAGGAAGAUGGCGCGGCGCUGCAACCGUGCCACGUCUCGGUCUAAUCAUGAAAUACAAAUAUGCUCCAGUAAGGUAGCAACGUCUGCAGUUUGGUUGUGUUUCUGUCUCGUUUUACCCUCUGCCGCAAGGGCUGGACUGUACACCGCUACUGAUCAAAUCGUCUUAUUGGGUCAGGAAAAUGUUGACUCAGUUUUGAACUCUCCAGCAGCUAUGGUGGUGGAGUUUUACGCUUCGUGGUGUGGACACUGCCACAACUUUGCUCCUUAUUACAAGGAACUGGCUCUGACCAUUGCACGAUGGAAGCUAUGUUUAGGCAUAGCAGCUACAGACUGUGCUGAUAUCAAGAACUCGCCGAUCUGCCGUAAGCACAAAGUAACGUCAUACCCCACUGUAAAGUACUUCCACAGUACUUCCACUGGUUCAAAGUCCAAUGAUACAGCAAAGACCCUUUCAGUUUUACCUCGGGAUGCCACGCGGCUUCGCCACAUUCUCAUAGACCUUCUAGAGACCUCUGAAACCACCUGGCCUCCUCACUGCCCCCCACUGGAGCCCAUCAGUGCAGCAGAGAUUGACAUCUUCUUUGAGACUAACAACGUUCUGUACCUCGCUCUGAUCUUUGAGGAAUCUGAGUCCUACAUUGGCCGAGAGGUGACCCUGGACAUGCUGCAGUUUGAGAACAUUGCUGUGCGAAGAGUCCUGAGCACUGAGGAUGUGGUAUCUAAACUGGGAGUGACUGAAUUUCCAUCCUGCUACCUCUACUAUCCUGGAGGCAACUUUUCCAGACUUCAAGUCCACUUAGAGGCCCGUGAUUUCUACACUUCUGCUCUCCAAAGGCUACCAGGGGUGAUGCGAUCAGGAAAGCCUCCACCAGCCCCCAUAGACACCCACAACAAUGACACAAAGGAGCCCUGGAUACCAUUCAACAGGUCCAGGGUGUACAUGGCCGACCUAGAGUCAGUACUGCACUAUUCUCUGCGUGUGGAGGUGGCUGUUCAUACUGACAUCUCUGGACAUGCCCUUAAUGCCCUCAGGAAGUUCAUCGCUGUGCUGGUUAAGUAUUUUCCAGGGCGUCCGAUCGUGAUGAACCUCUUGGAAUCUUUAAAUUCUUUUCUGGAUAAGGCUGAUGAGGUGGUUUUAUAUGAGGCACUCAGAGAGAUAAUUGAUAACGUCACACAGUCACCAGACUCUGCUUUGCCUGAAGGCGUGCGAUGGGUGGGCUGUCAGAGUUCACAACCAAACCUAAGACGGUACCCAUGUGGAGUGUGGACUCUCUUCCAUGUUCUUACUGUCCAGGCCAUGAACAAGGGUUGCACAGAUCCCCUGGAGGUGCUGGGUGCAAUGAGGAGCUAUGUCCGCAACUUUUUUGGCUGCAGGGAGUGUGCCAGGCACUUUGAGAACAUGGCGAGGGAGAGUCUGAUGAAUGUGAACACGGUGUCAGGAGCGGUCCUUUGGCUUUGGUCAAGACACAAUCGUGUCAACAACAGACUGGCAGGUGAUUUGACUGAAGACCCUGACUUCCCAAAGAUCCAGUGGCCUUCUCCAGACAUGUGUCCAUCCUGUCACUCAGUGACGGAGAGAAGGGAGCACAAGUGGAACAAAGAGCAGGUUCUCUCCUUCCUCCUGUUCUACUUCUCAUCCAGCAGGAUCCUCAAUGAUUACCUGGAGGAUGAGAGUCAAAUUCUUGAAAAUCACAGGCUUGAACGUGAGAGACAGCAAGCUUUGAAGGAACAGAAACAUAAGAGGAUGGUGAGGGAGGCAGUGGACACCACAACCCCCCCGCCAUCACAGGAAGAGGAAGAAGAGGGUCCACAGGAAGAAGUAGUGACUGAUCAGCUGGUAGGAGGUGGGGAAGCAGCGGAGAUGGAGGCUAAACCGACCCAUCAGGCCAAAACUGGAAUAGUGGUGGGAAGAGGCCAGUGGCGGGGCCAAGGGAAGCCUAGCAUUGUGGGAAUGAAGAUGCGAGAGCAACCAGAGGACAUAGUGGAUCUGGAUUCAUUCAUCAACGAGCACUACAAGGCACAGGCGCUGCGAAUGGCUGCCUCCAGGGUCAAACAACGCACCUUACAGAGGAAGGUGGAGCAGGAGCCGGAGCCCGUGUUUGGGCUUGGCUUGGAGCUGGACGCCGGGCUCGGGAUGGUUGGCCUGCAGCCGGUGGACACAGACUUUGAGCCUGAACAGAAAAAGCGUAUACGGAAACGAGACCUGUCCGGCCAGUAUUUUGAGGAAGAGAUUAAGUUAAAUCACAGAAGACGCGGGAUGAUGUCGGCACUGAGCAUUGGCUUCUCCAAACUGGACAUAAGCUUAUGUGUCAUUCUUUACUUCUUGUCCUGUAUGUGUCUUCUAGGCAUGUACCUCUUCUUCAAAAACCGCCUCAGGCUACGGCGGGCUAAGGUAGUCUCCCCCUAAACCAAAGUGCAGAAAAAAUAUACCUAAAUGGGCAAUGGUAAGCAUUCAUUAGGGUCAUCAAGGCUAAGAUUUAGGUUAAGGGGAUGUGUCAAGAUUAGUGCCAUCUUAGGACGUCCACUUAACUGUAACCUGCUGCCGUAGGAGGCAACUGUGUGUUGUAGCCUCAGUCUUUUAGAAGUGUGACUAACCUAAGAGGAGGAGGAAGAAAAAAAAAGAAGUGCCUUCAAAUCUUUAACUAGCAGGUAUGUUAUCCCACCUAACACUUGACCUGAGAUUCUCAGGCAAAAUCAAUUCAUAUAAAUCAUAAGUCUACAUCUCUGUUUGGGGGUUGUUGUGAGGGGUUUUGCCUUAGUUUGGAUUUUUUUCAGAUGCUUUAAUUGUGUGACCACUUAUGAAGGAUUAAACCUGAUAAAACAUGGAGAUUUCAUUUAAAUGAAGUUAAUGCAACUAAUUUUAUUUCACUAAGAGAUUCUUGUUGCUUUACUCACAUUAAUGUCAUUUCUAGCAGACAUUUUUUUAUUUCUUCAAUUUUUUUAAUAUCUCAUUUAAGAGUGAAGGCAUCCUCCACUGCUACUCUGUGUACCUUUGACCCCAAAGCAUAGCUUCAAUGCAAAUUAUUUAAUAUCACAAAGUAUUUUUUGAAUAAUUUAAGCACAUGGGUGAUUAUUUAGUGAUGUGAGAAUAUUUGUUCUGUUGUAUCUUAAAUGCAAGUGAACUUUCUCCUGCAGUUUUGUGUUUAGUUUCAGUAGUAAUCAUGUAGUGUAAGAGGAAGUCCCUUUCUUUUAUCUUCAGUUUGUCAAAGGAUGAGUUAUAUCUAUUUAUGAAAUACUGUGAAUGGAUGUGUAGUUCAACACUAAGUGCCACCAAAGAGGAGCAAAUCUCCUCUAUUCUUCAGCUCUUUUCAAACGAACACUACAUGAAUGUUAUGUCUCAACUUUGAAAAUGACAUCACACUGCUGAGUCCAGAUAACAGCUGCUCUGGUUCUUUUUGACGUGUUGUGGAGCAACACAAAUCUUCACACUGGACCAGGUGUUGAAAUAAGCAGGGUUUGAUUUUGCCUUGUGUCCACAACAUAGAAUAUUAGAUUGGAAACUCUCAAAAACACAGUUUUUCUCAUGGCGUGUCUGAAUCAAUAAAAUUAUUUUUGAUAAGGA